AUGAGAAUUUUUCUCAAUUUUCAAGGAAAAUUAGAGAUACUUUUUGAAAACAUCGCAAAUAUUUUGAUCACGGAUAUUGGAAGAAGGAAUACUCGGAAAUACAGUUUCAGAUAUCCCGAUCUCAUGAAAUUAAGGAAGCUAGCAUCUUUUGUGGAUGAUCCUAAGGAUUUUAGAGACCGUUUUGGGAGAAUUUUAUAUGUUCUAUCUACUGAUGUUGAGGAUGGUCUUCUUUGUACUUUGGCUCAUUUCUAUGACCCUGUUUACCGGUGUUUCACUUUCCCUAAUUACCAGUUGUUCCCCACCAUGGAGGAGUAUGCUUAUAUUUUGGGUAUGCCAGUGUCUGAUAGAGUUCCUUUUAGUGGAAUGGAAGUAAUUAUUGAGUCUCGAGUUAUCCCUGAAGCCAUUCACCUGAGGAAGUUUGACAUAGAUGCCAAUAUUACUAUCAAAGGAGGUAUCAGAGGGUUGAAUUUGAAAUUUUUGUCUGAGAAAGCCUUUUAUUUGGCUAAUGCUUGUAGUAUGGUGGCCUUUGAAACUAUCCUCACCUUACUCAUCUAUGGUUUGGUCUUGUUUCCCAACAUUGACAACUUUGUUGAUGUUAGUGCUUUGAGAAUCUUCUUGAUUAGAAAUCCAGUUCCAACUUUGCACGGUGACACUUAUUUCUCCAUUCAUCAUAGGACUUAUAAAGGAAGUGGAACUAUUGUUUGUUGUACGCCUUUACUGUACAAGUGGUUUAUUUCGUAUAUGUCGCAAUCUCAUAUCUUCAAAGAAAACAAGGGUUGUCUAAGGUGGUCUCACAGAGUUAUGUCUCUCACCAAUGAUGAUAUAGCUUGGUAUUCUUCUACUUACGACGAUGUUAAGAUUAUUGGUAAUUGUGGGGAGUUCUAUAAUGUGCCUCUUCUUGGUACACAAGGAGGAAUCAACUACAAUUCGGAUUUGGAAGGGAAAUACACUCAAGGGUUGAAAGCUAGGAUGGUACGUUUUUGGCACAAUGUUCGUAGGAAAGGAAAAAGUGAUAUUGGAUUGAAUAAUUGUAUAGCUUUGAAGCCUUACACUAGCUGGGUGAAGAAGAGAGCCGAAGAAUUCAAGAUGCCAUACACUUAUGAAAGACAUAUGUCUUUAGUAAUGGGGUCUUCUUACUUUCUUGGUUUUCAUCCAGACAAGCUAAUUUAUCGGUACAAUACUCGAGCUAAUCAGUUGAAGAAGAUGGAUCGUCUAGAGCAAGAGAAUUGUGAGCUCUGUGAAGAGGUAACUAUCUUAAGGGACAACUAUGAGAGGCUUACUGCUAUGACGGAAACACUAGUGGCUGCUCAGAAUCAGCCACCUCCUCCUCCUUUUUAG